AGUGCUCGGCAAGGGGAAGCACUCUCUAAACGUUAGCAAAUACCAUGGUAGGACACAAGGCCCCUGACUCUCCGCUUUCAGCUUACUGAAGAUCCUCAAAACCAACAGCACACAGCUUCCAGCGCAUGCCCCUUUCCCCAAGACCUUGGGGGGGAACCCGCCGCCAGCGCGGAGCCACCGUGACUCGUAGCCUAACUUCCGUUUCCGGGGGCGGCUUCCGGCGGCGUGACCUGACCGCAAGAGGCCAAUGGAUUGCGGGAGCUGAAAGGGUCUUCGCUGGCGGCCGGUAACUGGCGGCGGUUGGGAACGGCCGAAUGUGGCUCUUCUGGUGUUUCAGCUUGGGGAGAGAGGGGUGGCCUUCCUCUUGCAGUUGAGGCCGGCGCUGAGCCGGACUUCAGCCGGAUCUCGUGGCGGAGCCCAUCUUGCUACCUCUCCCAGGCCUUUACCCGCUCCCUAGGAUUCCCGGGCCCUGUAGGUGGGAGUUGGGAGACGUGAGUUCUCUUUCAUUCUGCGCCUCUCAUUGGCUCUCUGACCUUGUGCGGAACGCGUCCUUUAGCUGACCUCAGCUGCAUUUUUUAGAAGAUGGAGAUUGUAUUCACAGUGACUGUCAGCUUUUUAACGGCGGGAACUGACGUAGUGUUAAACACUGUCGUGUAUCGCUGGCAUAGCACAAGGACAUUAUAGGUAUUCUGUACUCACUUAAGUUAUUUUGAGUCACAGACCUUUUGAAAAUCUCGUGUAAGCUAUGGCCCCUCCACCUCUCUAAUACUUCCCCCGGCCCCCACCCCAAGCACACACAAAAGCUUAUGCAUAGGAAAUUUGUUUUACUCUUUCGGAUUACUUCCAAGAUCUCUCUCCUGAUGCCCAUCUAUGGAUCCCAGAGCCUGGCAAGUAGUAGGCGUUUGAAUAUUUGUAAUCAUUAGAUACCUGCACUCUGUGUCCAUGUUUAUUCAACCCUUUUUACUUUGGUGACUGUUUAUCAGGACAGUACUGCUUUUAAAGAGACAGUGUUAGGGAUCUUGGAAGCACAGCCAACAUGUGUGACAUUGAAGAAGCCACUAACCAACUCCUAGAUGUGAACCUUCAUGAGAACCAGAAGUCUGUACAAGUGACAGAAAGUGACCUGGGAAGUGAAUCUGAGCUUCUAGUCACUAUUGGAGCCACUGUACCUACUGGCUUUGAGCAAACAGCUGCAGAUGAAGUCAGAGAGAAACUUGGGUCAUCAUGCAAAAUCAGCAGAGACCGUGGCAAGAUAUAUUUUGUCAUUUCAGUGGAAAGUCUGGCACAGGUUCAUUGUCUGAGAUCAGUUGAUAACUUAUUUGUGGUGGUUCAGGAGUUUCAAGAUUACCAGUUCAAACAAACAAAGGAAGAAGUUCUAAAGGAUUUUGAAGACUUGGCUGGAAAACUCCCAUGGUCAAACCCCUUAAAAGUGUGGAAAAUUAAUGCCAGUUUUAAAAAGAAAAAAGCAAAGCGCAAAAAGAUAAAUCAGAAUUCAAGUAAAGAGAAGAUUAAUAAUGGACAAGAAGUCAAAAUCGAUCAGAGAAAUGUUAAAAAAGAGUUCACUAGCCAUGCUUUAGAUUCUCAUAUCUUAGAUUAUUAUGAAAAUCCAGCCAUCAAAGAGGAUGUAUCAACAUUAGUAGGUGAUGAUUUGGCAUCUUGCAAAGAUGAGACUGAUGAAAGCUCAAAAGAAGAAACUGAGCCUCAAGUGCUGAAGUUUAGAGUCACAUGCAACAGGGCAGGAGAGAAACAUUGCUUUACCUCAAAUGAGGCUGCAAGAGAUUUUGGGGGUGCUGUUCAAGAUUAUUUUAAGUGGAAGGCCGACAUGACCAACUUUGAUGUGGAGGUUCUUUUGAACAUCCAUGAUAAUGAAGUCAUUGUGGGCAUUGCAUUGACUGAAGAGAGUCUCCACCGAAGAAAUAUAACACAUUUUGGACCUACAACUCUUAGAUCAACUCUUGCCUAUGGGAUGCUCAGGCUCUGUGAUCCUCUACCUUAUGAUAUAAUAGUCGAUCCAAUGUGUGGAACUGGGGCAAUACCAAUAGAGGGGGCCACUGAAUGGUCUGACUGUUUCCAUAUUGCUGGUGAUAAUAAUCCACUGGCUGUGAAUAGAGCAGCAAAUAACAUUGCAUCUUUAUUGACCAAGAGCCAAAUUAAAGAAGGCAAACCCUCCUGGGGCUUGCCCAUAGAUGCUGUUCAGUGGGAUAUCUGCAAUCUGCCAUUGAGAACUGGCUCUGUGGAUAUUAUUGUAACAGAUUUGCCAUUUGGAAAAAGGAUGGGAUCCAAGAAGAGAAACUGGAACCUUUAUCCAGCUUGCCUACGGGAGAUGAGCCGUGUCUGCACACCUACCACAGGCCGAGCUGUACUACUUACUCAAGACACAAAAUGCUUUACCAAGGCGUUAUCUGGAAUGCGACACGUAUGGCGAAAGGUGGAUACAGUCUGGGUGAACGUUGGUGGUCUUCGUGCUGCAGUUUACGUUCUGAUACGUACACCUCAAGCUUUUGUUCAUCCUUCAGAACAAGACGGAGAAAGAGGAACUCUUUGGCAAUGCAAAGAAUGAAGAUGACUAAUAGUACUUGUACUUCCCACCACUGGAAAUGUUAGCAUAAAAGAACUUGGAGAGGAAAAAAGUAUUAACAAAACUGCAGUCUGCACUCUUUAAACCUGUUUAAGGCUCUUCAUCCUGGUUAGCAAAAGGUGUGAAUGUAACGUGAUGGAAUUUAAAAGUUUUAUGAGACCAGGCACAGUGGCUCACGACUGUAAUUCCAGCAGUUUAGGAAGCCGAAGUGUGCAGAUCACCUGAGGUCAGGAGACCAGCCUGGCCAACAUGGUGAAACCCUGUCUCUACUGGAAAUACAAAAAUUAGCCAGGUGUGGUGGCGGGCGCCUGUAAUCCCAACUACUCAGGAGGCUGAGGCUAGAGAAUCACUUGAACCCAGCAGGCGGAGGUUGCGGUGAGUCGAGAUCACGCCAUUGCACUCCAGCCUGUGCGACAAGAGCGAAACUCUGUCUCAAAAAGAUUUUAUAAGAAAGCAGAGCUUUUCCUUGAAGCUCUUUUGAAGUGGUAGCUUAAUUAGUAUUUUGUUGAAAAUACUUUAAAGAUGCCUAGUGAAAAGCCUACUAAAGUGCUGUGAGAUUGGGGUUUAGAACAUUUUAUUUUCAGGCUUUAUGGCCUAUUUUCCAUUGUGUCAAGUGCAAAACUACCCUGGCCCAAAGGAAGGGCAGAGAACAUAAUUACAUCUUAGGCCACAUUUCAUUGUCUUUGCAGCUUUGCUAAUCCAGUUGCUCAAGUUCUUUACCUCAACCUGAAGGAAUGAAGCAUUAUUACAUUUUGUGAAUGGUGUUCAGCCUAUAAGACGAAGUUUCACAAGACCUAUAGGAAAGUUUACCAUCUGCCUUAAAUAUUAAAAUAUCCAUCUGUUAUUCACAUUAAUACACAGAAUGAAAAUAGAGGUCUAGGAAUUAUCAAAGGUACUGCAAAAAUACUGUAUAGAACUUAUUUGUAAAUAGCACAUACAUUGAUAGAUGGGGUGUGGGACCAACAAACCAAAUUAAAAGAAAUUGUUUUUCUUUCAGUACACUAAGGUGUGUGUUUUCAAAACCAAACACAAACCUGUCAAGAGUAUUUGUUGGCUAGUUUCUUAAAAGGCCAAGAGGAAAAAAAUGAUGUAUCUUUGGAAAACUUUUAAUUUGGGAGUUAUGUGAGUUGUUAUUUUCUCCUGGAUCACGAUUCACAUUUAAUUGCUUUUCCAGUUGCAACAAGUCCUUCUUGAGGGUUUUGUGGAAAAUGGUGCUUCCCUGGAACAGAGUAGUUGAGGUUUUUUUGUGGAACUCAUCGUAGUAUUGUUUAUUUUGGAGCCUCUGGCUGCAUUCAGUAUAGAUUUUCAGUAUCCUAUUAGUAUUAUAAUAGUACUCCUCUUAAUACUUUUUGAUGUCUCCAUUGAGAAUAAAAGGACACAAUACUUUUGAAAGAAGAGUUCACAUUAGCAGCACAGCCAGCAAUCCUCAUCUGGUUUCUCUGAUCUCCUACCCCACACUUCAUAAUGAAUGGGAAAUAAGAUGUUUAUGAAGGUUUUAUAUCCUAGACUGGCGUUUUUACCACUAUCAGAAUUCACAGCUGCUUUGUUUAUGGGCCGAACACAAAACUUUUCACCUGAUGGGAGAAACCAUUUAAACCUCAAAUUAAGCAACCCACAGAACCAGGAAGUUCAAGGACCAUGUCUGUUUUCACCACGAUGUCUUUCCCCACCCCUCCACCCCCCGCUAAGGGCAGGGUAUUGUAUCUGCCAGACUGGGUAUUUGUUGAACAAGUGAGUAUUUUUGCCUAUUAGCUUAGUUUUUAAGGAAAUCAUGUUUUACUUGAUUCAUCAUAGCCUUAAUCCUAUUAAAUACUACAAUAAAAAUUUGACAAGACUGAUACAAA